AUGGCCACCAAUUACCAAGCUAUCGUCGCGUACAUGGAGAUGGUGGACGCCACUGCCAAUGGAUGCAUGCUAGACUCCUACGACGCUGCCAUCCUCGAGUUCGUCGACGAGGCAUACAUCAGAGAGUUCUCUCUCCUGCCGCACCUCUUCGAGAUGAAUGCCGGGCCUCCACGACCCGAUGCCUACGAGGCCGCGUCUCCGGUUGCUAUAAGCACACAACCCGUUACGACCGAGAGCGACAGCAGCAGUCUGCUGUCGCUCCAGGACAACUCCGCUGGAUUGGACUUUAAUGUUACUGUCAAUGUGCCCAACGAGGACAAUGUAGGCGAUGUCGACAAGUCCACCUACAAUUAUCUCAACAUUGAUCCUCCGGUUCACGCGCCCGCACGCAUUACGAUCCCCCUGCCCGGGUUCGCAGAAUGGAAGGGGGAGGACGAGGAGUUCACCAUGUGGUGGGAUCUCCUACGAGAGAUGGAGGCGGCCGACGAACCUGCCCCGGUGGCAGACAUGCUCCUCGAUGAGUCUGUGCUCGAAUGCACUCUGCUGUUCGCCCGAUCGGAGGGCGCCGAGUCACUCGACGGAGGACUUGAGGGUAUCCUGAGCGGCGUGGGCCUUCGCGGGCUAGAGAUAUGA